AUGUGUCGGGGAGCGCAGACGGCGGCUGCGGCAGCGCCUCGUGUCAAGAAGUUUGCCAUCUACAGAUGGGAUCCCGAUAAGCCUGGGGACAAGCCCCGCAUGCAGACGUAUGAAGUGGAUUUGAAUAAAUGUGGGCCUAUGGUGCUCGAUGCUCUGAUCAAGAUUAAAAACGAGUUGGACUCCACUCUGACCUUCCGCAGAUCAUGUAGGGAAGGGAUCUGCGGCUCUUGUGCUAUGAACAUCGCUGGCGGGAACACGCUGGCCUGUAUCAAAAGGAUUGACCCCGAUCUCAACAAAAUCACUAAAAUCUACCCUCUCCCCCACAUGUACGUGGUGAAGGACCUUGUUCCAGACUUGAGCAACUUCUAUGCACAGUACAAAUCCAUCGAGCCUUAUCUGAAGAAGAAGGAUGAGUCGAAACAGGGCAAGGAGCAGUACCUGCAGUCCAUAGAAGACCGUCAGAAACUGGACGGGCUCUACGAGUGCAUCCUGUGCGCCUGCUGCAGCACCAGCUGUCCCAGUUACUGGUGGAACGGGGACAAGUACUUGGGCCCCGCGGUACUGAUGCAGGCCUAUCGCUGGAUGAUCGACUCCAGAGACGACUACACGGAGGAGCGCCUGGCACAGCUUCAAGACCCGUUCUCUCUCUACCGUUGUCACACCAUCAUGAAUUGCACAAGGACUUGCCCUAAGGGAUUGAACCCUGGCAAAGCGAUUGCUGAGAUCAAGAAGAUGAUGGCAACCUACAAAGAGAAGGCGACGGCCGCCUAACGCCGUUCCCUGCCCGGCCGUGUCACGGAACGGAGCUUCCU